AACAGCCGUGUGUUAGACGCGACGCAGUUCGGCGAAGUGAAGAGAUGCUAGUGACCCACACAAGGGUACCCAAUGCAAAGUUGAGCUGCAGAAUCUAGGUAGACGAAUGUCUGCAGUCGACUAAAACUUCAAAGGAAAAAAAAAUAUAUAUAUGUACAGUCGUGUCAACAAAGUUUGGGGCUGUCACUGUCGGGUGCAACUGUUUGGUGCAAACUUGCAGCAGCUUUAACGACCUCGCGAGCGAGAUUCCAGAGCAGAGCCGAGGCUAACUGCUAUCAGCUUAUUAGCAUUCGAGCUAAAUCAACAAGCCGGAUAGGUAGUGUUUGGAUUCGGCGUGCGGAGCAGGGGAGCCUUUCUCGGGACUGGUUGAAGACUCGUCUCGGUGCUCGGUAGUUCCCCGGCAGUACGCGAGCACUCGACACAAAGCUCAAGUUGCUGGGGAGCUAGCUGGUCGGCUAGCAGCGCCGCACAGCCUGCCUGCCUUCCGCCGUCGUGCACUUCCCCCACUCUGCCUCCAGCCGGCUAGCUGCAGCGGUAGUCCGGUACAUAAAAUGAAGCGACCAUCAGCGUUUUGGGAAGCUGUGUGGCUGUUUGGAUUUUGCUGAUGUAUGAGGAGACGAUAUUGUUUUUGUGAGAUCUCUGUCAAGGAGGUCAAAAUCAGUACAGGGGAUGGACGAGCAGAAAUCGAACUGCGAAGAGAAUGACUCUGAACCAACAGCUGAUGACAAUGCCCCUUCAAAGCAGCUUGUCUCCUCUGAGGAGGAGUCUAAAGCCCUUCCUGCUGCUGAGGAUGUGUCUGGUGCUACUGCAGCCUCUUCCAGCACACCUGUAGAGAGCGUUCGAGCCUGUGCCCUUUGUAACUGUGUGGAGCGGAGCCUGCAUGGACAGCGGGAACUGAGACACUUUGGGUCAUCUUCUGAGCGGCCCACCCUCAAGCCAUCAGCUUCUCCACUGCCUCAGCCCGGGAAUGAUGACCUGUCUUCCAUUGGAUUUUCCGACUCUCCCUGUCUGGCGGCACUCUUUGACGACUCAGGGGGUUGUUGGGUGCAUCACUGGUGUGCGGUGUGGUCGGAGGGAGUGAAGCGCAUGGAGAAUGAGGAGCUGGAGAACGUGGAUAAGGCCGUUAUCUCAGGGACGCAGCGGCUUUGCGAAUACUGCAAAAGGCUAGGUGCAACCAUUCAAUGCCAUGCUGAGGGCUGCUCACGGUUCUACCACUUCCCCUGCUCGGCAGCCAGUGGAUCCUUCCAGUCUAUGAAGCAGUUGGUCCUCCUCUGUCCAGAGCACAUAGACAAGGCAGAGGAAUUGGCAGGUGAGGAGGCUUGGUGUGCAGUGUGUGACUCAGCGGGGGAGCUCACAGACUUGCUGUUCUGUACGGGUUGUGGCCUACAUUAUCAUGCGGCAUGUUUGGAGAUUGGUGCCACGCCCAUCCAGCGGGCAGGAUGGCAGUGCCCAGAGUGUAAAGUGUGCCAGACUUGCAGACAACCAGGAGAAGACUCCAAAAUGUUGGUAUGCGAUGCCUGUGAUAAGGGCUACCACACCUUCUGUCUUCAGCCAGCCAUGGAUUCUCUUCCCUCUGACCCAUGGAAAUGCAGAAGGUGUCGUGUGUGCACGGAGUGUGGUGUCCGUGGACUGGUGCAGCCAGGUUCGGCCCAGUGGUUUGACAACUACUCUGUGUGUGAGGCCUGCCAGCGUCGCCGCAGCUCUACGUGUGGCGUGUGCAGCAAAGCUGCCAACCCAUCUGUCACUCUGCAGUGCUGCAGCAUGUGCCACAGGUGGGUGCACAAUGAGUGUGCUUUACCAGGAGAGCUUCCAGAAGCCAAGUGCAUUUGCCUGCUUUGCAAGGAUCAGCAGCCUGUCACUCAACCGUAUACAGCAGAGAUACAAACCAGAGGGGCAUCUGAAAAGACUGAAGGACAUGUGGAUUUGGUGGAGAUGACAAUCCAAACAGAUGCAGACAUGGUGACUGAAGAGCACAAAGAUUUAUCAGAGGUGACACCAGUACAGAGAGGCACUUCAGAGAUUGGUCAGGUUGAAACCACGACUGACAAAGAGACGCCCAUGGACCUGGGGGUGGAGUCUGCAGUUGUUGAGACAACAGACAUUGGGGAGAGGAUCAUAGAGGAUGAGCCGAAGGUAGCAACAGAAGAAUUCACCUCUGAUGCACCCGCUGCUCCACCUCAGUCCACGGAAUGUGCAACAACAGAACACGGGGGCUCUUGUCUACCUGCUGAUGAAGAGAGAGCAGAAGAGGCAGUCAGCCAGGUGACCCAUGUCGCCCCUUCUUCGGACCCCACAGCAGAGACGCAGUCUGACAACCCUGAAGUAGAGCCAACACCGGUGUCACUGCAGGGCCCUGAAAAUAUGGAGGUGGAGAAAGAGGAGGAGAAGCAGGAGACCACUCCCUCAGCAGAACAAGAAGUAUCAGCAGAGUUAUUAAACAGUGGCUCUGAUGGCAUGCCAAUCACAGAACCAUUUAGUAAGGAUCCACCAAAGUUACCAGCUUCUCCUGCCUCUGUGGACAAAGCAGAGUAUUUGCCCAUGGCUAAUCAGCAGGAUAGAAGUCCACGCCUGGACCACCGGUCUCCCUCUCCUCUUUCUUUAUCAGUAGACACACAAGAGUCCCUCUCUGCUGUGGACAUGGAAGGGAGGUUACUACCUCACUCUGAGGAGGAGGAGGAGGAGGACGACGAAGAUGAUGAUGAGCCAAUGAAAGAAGAAGAGCAUAUUGUGGACAUAAAGCAGGAACAGCACGAGCAAGAGACUAAGCCUGAAUUGCUGCUGGACGAGAUGUCCAAUAUGAGCCACGGAGAUGAGAGCAGCAGUGGCUUUAUGGGCUCUCCAGGAGAACCCGAUCCUCAGCUCUCUAUAGAACUUGGCCUUGUACCUGCUGGCCGCUCACACACAGAUAACCUGCUCACUGAGACCGAUGACUCGCUUCCCUUCGAACCACUCAGAAGCGACAGAGAGAAGGCAAAACGCAGAGGAUCCCCAGGCCGCUCACGGAUCAAACAGGGGCGAAGCAAUAGUUUUCCUGGGAAGCGUAGACCUCGAGGGGGUGGUGGAGGGAGAGGGCGUGGUGGGAGGUCACGCCUCAAAGCCAUGGCCUCCUGCAUUGAUGCCUUUUUGCUAAGCAUGACCUCAGACACUGGAAUAAGUAAGGAGGAAGAUGAUGAAGAAGAUGACACCAUGCAGAACACAGUGGUUCUUUUCUCAAACACUGAUAAAUUUGUCCUGCUCCAGGAUAUGUGUGUUGUGUGUGGCAGUUUUGGAAAGGGUGCAGAGGGGCAGUUGUUGGCUUGUGCUCAGUGUGCCCAAUGUUACCAUCCUUACUGUGUGAACAGCAAGAUCACCAAGACGAUGCUCCGUAAGGGCUGGCGCUGUUUGGAAUGCAUUGUGUGUGAGGUGUGUGGAAAGGCUUCGGACCCCUCCCGUCUGCUGCUGUGUGAUGACUGUGAUGUCAGCUAUCACACCUACUGCUUGGACCCACCCCUGCACAAUGUUCCCAAGGGUGGUUGGAAGUGCAAAUGGUGUGUGUGCUGUGUGCAGUGUGGUUCCAACUCACCGGGUUUCCACUGUGAGUGGCAGAACAACUACACCCACUGUGGCCCCUGUGCCAGCCUUGUCACUUGUCCAGUAUGCAGAGAGAACUUCAUGGAGGAGGAGCUGCUGCUGCAGUGUCAGUACUGUGAUCGAUGGGUCCAUGCUGUUUGUGAGAGUCUGUACACAGAGGAUGAGGUGGAACAAGCUUCUGAUGAAGGCUUUGCAUGCACAUCCUGCACCCCAUAUGUUCCAAAACCUGUGGUGGAGUCAGCCAUUAUGGCUUCAAUAAAGAUCAAAGAACCAGAACCCCAGUUCUACCGGUUGGAGGGUGUGUGGCUGACAGAAUCGGGUAUGUCCCUGCUUCGCAGCAUCUCCAUGUCUCCCCUACACAAGAGACGGCAGCGCCGUUCCCGUCUCGGCACUCUGUGUUGUGAAGGAGGUCCUGAUGGAAUGGAUCUGAGGGAGGUUGAUGGAGACGCUGAGGAUGGAAAAGGCUGUGGGGAGCCCAUGGAAUGUGAAACCAAGAUGGAGAACCCUGGAAGCCCCGAAAGAGAGGGUGCCGGUGCAGAGGGAACUGAAGGCAUGGCUGACUGCGAGGGUCUCAAAGGAGGAGCAGAGGAGACAGAUGAUGGCAAAAAAAGAAAGCGGAAACCUUACAGGCCUGGAAUUGGAGGCUUCAUGGUGCGACAAAGGAAGUGUCACACACGGAUGAAGAAAGAAUUUUUUGCCCAGCUGGCUGGUGAGACUAUGUUAGAUGGACAGCCAAUAGAAAGAACAAUUGAUGAAGGACCCCACCCUGACACAGAUAACAUAAUGGAUCCUAAACCAGUGGAGGGCGAAGAACAGGCCAAGAAACGUCGGGGCCGGAAGAAGAGCAAACUUGAGGACAUGUUUCCAACUUAUCUUCAGGAGGCUUUCUUUGGGAAGACACUAAUAGACUUGAGUAAGAAAGCUGUGAUGAUACCACCAGGGCAGAGGCCAGGCGCAUGCCUUGUCCGACCUUCAUUACCAGCACCAUCAGGACUUAAAACUACUGCCCCAGAGACUGAGGCCAAGGAUCGUGUGGUGAAAGAUGAUUUUCCUCUCAAGCAAGAGGGCAGUGAGGCCCCCCAGGCUCAGGGAGAAGGUGCAGGAGUUUCUGCACCAUCCUCAUCGCUGAAGGACCAGGCAUCAACUGAUCCUCAUGACUCUGAUGCAGAAAAAAGUGAAGGUCUUCCACAAGGGGUGGAGAGUCAGGACUCCGAGCAGUUCUUCAGGAAGGUUCUGGGAGUGUCAGAUGGCUCGUCUUUGGGCGGCAUGAAGCCCAUCUUGGAGGGCAGUAAGGGAGAACUCAAUCGUAGCACUCUGCCACAGAGAGCUCUCCUCUCAGGGUCCCUGCCCUCAGCUGGAAUGAUGGACGCCUUUCCCGGCCUCUCUCAGUCACCGUUCUUUGACAUGCGGGACCGAGGAGGACUGUUCAGUCCAGAUGGGGGUGAGGAGAGCCCCGGGGCCACUCCCUCUACCCCAGCAACCCCCUCCUCCCCACCAACCCCCACUGAGGCAGAAGGUGAUGGGCUGUCCUACAACCAGCGUAGUCUCCAGCGCUGGGAGAAAGAUGAGGAGCUGGGAGAACUGUCAACCAUUUCCCCAGUUCUUUAUGCCAAUACCAACUUUCCCAAACUCAAACAGGACUACCCUGACUGGGCUAGUCGCUGUAAGCAAAUCAUGAAGAUCUGGAGGAAGGUGUCAGCUGCUGACAAGGUUCCAUAUCUGCAAAAGGCCAAAGAUAACCGAGCAGCUCAGAGGAUCAACAAGGCACAGAAGCAGGCAGAGAGUCAAGUGUGCAGGCCAAUCAAGACAGAGCCAGGGCGUGUGAAGGGAGAGCGGCCCAGUUUACACCUCCAGAUCCCUCCACCUUCAGGCUCUACGUCUAUCUCUUCCCAGCCCAGCUCUGCAGAAAGCCCCUUUCCCUUCCCACCAGAUUCAGGAUCAUCCUCUGUCUUUUUCUCAGACGGACCUGUUAAGACCCCAGGGUCAGCUGAAAUCCGGACAGAUCCCUUGGCCAAGUUUCCUCCUCAGUCACCCCAUUCUCACUCCCAUCCAACUACACCCUUCUCCCACACUGGGGCCAGCCCCUUGCAGGCCUCUUCCUCAGGUUAUUCCGCUUCCGGCCCACAGGGUCCUCCUCAGGGACGGCCAGCCAGUCUAGGCCCCUUUGACAUGCAACCAGGAACUCCUGGAACCCCCAGACGGGCUCAGCAGGUUGACCCCUACUUCAGAUCACAGCUGCAGCAGCAACAGGGUCAUCUACCACAAUCACAGCAAGGCUCUCAGGAGUCCCUAGGACAUCCAGAAAGUCCUCACUCAAGAGGUGCUGGGCUUGGGGAGUCACCCAUCUUCUCACCACCCCACAAUACCCACUAUGGCGACCCUUUCAGAAACCAGCAAGGGAUGGGACGGCUAGAAUAUGGUUCAUCCCCAUCACCCUCUGCAGUCGCUUCCUCACCUGCAAGCACAGGGCAGUACAGGGCUGAUAUGAGUGCACCUUCUCCGCGCUCCUCUGCAGUUGGAAGACCUGACCUAUCCACUGGCUCCCCUGCUGGAAUGCUGGAGACUGGUGAUGGUUUAUUCAAGGCACCUAUGACGCCAAGAAUGCACCAAGGGGAGGGUGGAACACUUCAUCCUGGAGCUUCUCCUGGCCACCCUUCAGAAGGCUACAGGCAGUCUCCCUCCCACCCUUUCUCUGACCCCCACACUCAGCAACCGCUAACUCCAAGACCGCAGUCAGGCGACAAUUGUUCUCUUGGACCUCAGAGGCACCCUGUAGGUCAACAGGAACUAUGCCCAAGAGUUCCCUCCAGCCCACAGUCCCAGGGCAGCUCUCCCCACACUCCUGGUGGCCUCUCGAAUGAUGCUUACUCUGUCCAGUCUCCUGCUACCCCUCGUUUCCAAUCCCCAGACCCUUGUUCUCAGCCACCUUCAAGGCCACAAUCUAGAGACCCUUUUGCUACUAUCCACAAACCUCCUCGCCCCUCCUCUGUCGCCCCAGAGGGAACUGCAAGUUACAAAGGCUCACCUCAUCCUAACCAGCCACCUCCACCCCAUCCCACCAACAGUUCAGCAGGGGAUCCUCUCUCUGGUAAACCGUCAGCACCUCCUAAUUUUUGCCGUAGCCCAAGCACGGGAGGCUUCCAAAUAACCCAACAGCAGAGUCAGAUGUUACAGGGUCAGCUUCAGCAACCACAGCCACAAACUCAGCAGACUAUGGGAGCAGACGGCUUCGGUUCCAGAGUGCCACCUCCUUCUGGAUCUCAAGAACUAUCCGCUGUCCGCCCUCCCGAUGGACCUCAUCAGCCAGCUUUACCAAGUGCUCAAGAAAUGCCUGACAUUUCAGCAGUGCAGGACCCCGCAUUAGUAGGGCUUAGCCCCUCUGAGCUGGAGAAGCACCGACAGCGCCAGAAACUGAGGGAAUUCUUAAUCAGACAACAAAUGCAGAGAAAUUCCAUUAGACAAGAGAAGGAGGCUGCUGCUGCUGCUGGCAGUGCAUCCCCUGGCUGGUCUGGAGGAGAGAUGGGAACCUUUCAACAAGACAAGGCCCACAGAGCUCCACCACCUUAUCCACAGGAUCGUGUUGCUGUAACUACUGCUGGAGCCCAGGCUUCUGUGGCAGGCAAGAUGCCCAUGGCUGUUGGAGGCAUGGAGGACAAGCUCAUUCGCCCACCACCUACAGGAACCCCUGCCAUCAUGGAUCCUAGUGCACUAAGGCAACCAGGGCCCACCAGACCUCAGGGCAUGUUUGCCCGUCCACCAUUCCCUCCUCAGUGGCAGGGCCAGGCUCCAGGUCCAAGGAGGUUCCCCCAGCCUGGCAUGGAGGCUAUGGGCAUAAGGCACAAUCUCAACCCUGCUGUCAACAUUCAGGGUAUGGAAGGAAUGGGGAAUCCUCACACCAUGAUACCAGGACAUGGAGGAGAAACCAUGCAGCCAAUGGGUCAAGGACCCCCACCUCAGUUUAUUGAAUUGAGACACAACUCACAGAGGCUACCCAUGCGACCCCAGUUUAUGCCCCGUGGUCCCCAGCCCAGGACACGUCUCUUUAUCCCACAGCAAGAGAUGGCAGCACCUUAUGUUCAGCAACAUCCCAUUGCUCAAGCUGGUGGUAUUCAAACAGAUGGGAGCAGCGACUCGCAGCUGGGGUUACAGCAGGGCGGACUGUCAGUUUUACUGCCUCAGCAGUCUACUGGCCCAGUAACGCAACAGCCCCACCUGCAGACCCAGGCAGCUACUUCCAGUCCAAACAUUCCUAGCACUGAGCAGCAUCAACUUCAACUUCAACAACGAAACGUAGUCGCAGGGCCACAGCCUGCCACUGUAGAAAACAACGAAGAACUACCAGAGCCUGACCUUGAGGGGCUUGGGGAUGCCCCAGGGGAUGGAGGUGUCGAGGAUGAGGAUGAUUUGGCUUUAGACUUGGAUCCUGACAAAGGAGAUGAUGACUUGGGCAAUCUGGACAACCUUGAAACCAAUGAUCCACAUUUAGAUGACUUGCUUAACAGUGAUGAGUUUGACCUGCUGGCUUACACUGACCCGGAACUUGACCAAGGAGACCCUAAAGAUGUCUUCUCAGACCAGCUGCGGUUGGUGGAGGCAGAAAGUGAAGCACCUUCAUCUUCCUCUGGAUCAGUGCUUGUUAAAGUGGAAACCAAGGUGGAGCCAGGGCAGAAGUCAACAACCCCUGGAACUGCAGGGGGGUCUGCUAACCAACUGCCACCCUCUGCAGAAGCUGCCGAUAUCUCCAAGGUCAAAGUGGAGGACAGGGGUCUGACCCCUCAGCUGCAGCCAGGACAGACUGUGGUGAAAGAUGAAAUAGGAGAGGCUGUGUCAAUGCUUCUUGGUGGGACCACACCGUCAGCCAAGGUGGCACAACCAGAAAACCAGUCAGCUUCACUAAGUUCUGUUCGAUUAGGAGGACUUCCUUACCCACUGCCAGGCCAAGCUGAUCCAUUGCCUUUUCCCCCAACUUCUGCACACGCAGAUAUUGGUGAUGAUCCACUGGGGCUGCCUGAUGUAGGGGGGCAGCACUCCCCUGCUGUAGAUUUGGCAAAGGUAGAGAGCUCUUUAGAUGGGGAACUCCCUCUUUUAAUACAGGAUCUGCUGGAGCAUGAGAAGAAGGAACAACAAAAGCAGCAACAGCAGCAACAGCUCAGUUCCCUCCACCCGGGAGGCAUGCCGCCUCAUUUUCCUGGCCUCUCAAGUCAACAGCCGACCCCACAGGCGCCUGGGCAGAUAAUGCUGCCACACCAUCAUCGUCCGCCACCCCAAGGAAUGAUGGCUCAGCCUGGGAUGGUACCCCGUCCUCCACACAUGUUACAACAGCAGCAGCAGCAGCAGCAAAGGCUUAUGGGAACUGGAAUGCCACCUCACAUGGCCAUGGCCCAGCAGCAGGCCAUGAUGAGGAUGGGGCAGCCAGGUCUCAGUCAUCCACAACAACCGCAACCGGUGGUCAAACAGUCACCUCUGGCCAACAAUUUCUUCCCAGAUAAAGAUUUAGACAAAUUUGCAACUGAUGACAUCAUGGAUCCCAUUGCCAAGGCAAAGAUGGUGGCACUCAAGGGCAUCAAGAAAGUGUUGGCCCAGGAUCCAAUGGUUGUUCCCCCUGGCAUUAACAGGCAACAAGUUUCUCUGCUUGCUCAGAGGCUGGCCUCUGCUCCAGGCACAGAUCCAGGUCAACUUACAUCUGGACCACCAAAGGAGGGAGAAACCAGUGAUCCCACCCAGUCAAGACCCAACCCUCCCCAGUUUGUGCAAGGAAUCAUCAACGAUGCAGAACAGCACCAAUAUGAAGAAUGGCUUCUUCACACCCAGCAGUUACUCCAAAUGCAGUUGAAAUUCUUGGAGGAACAGAUUGGAGUUCACCGCAAAUCACGCAAGGCACUGUGUGCUAAGCAGCGCACUGCUAAAAAAGCUGGCAGGGAAUUUGCUGAAGCCGAUGCAGAGAAACUAAAGUUGGUUACAGAAGAGCAGAGCAAAAUUCAGAAACAGCUUGACCAGGUACGCAAGCAGCAAAAGGAGCACACCAAUCUUAUUGCAGAGUACAGAAGCAAGCAGCAGCAGCAUCAGCAAGGCUCAGGUCUUCUUACCCCAGGUCAUUCUGCCCAGGGGGGGCCCCCUCACAUGUUUCCCAAGAUGCCUGGCCAGAUGGUGAUGGGCCAGCAGGGAACACCAGUAAUGGGCCAGCACCCUGGCAUGAUGCCCCAAGCUGGAAUGCCUGUCAGGAUGCCCCAAGGCCAGCCCUUCAUUGGUGGAGCCCAACCCCAGCUCCCUGCAACACUUGGAGCCAAUGUAGUAAGGCCUCCAGGUCCUCCUGGGGCUCCAACAGGAUUCUUCCCACAAGGGCCUGGAAUGCAAGGUGCAGACCCACGGCUUCUCCAAGAAAGACAGCUUCAGCAUAGGAUGCAGAUGGCAAAGCUCCAGCAACAGCAACAGCAGCAACAAGUGAUGAUGGGCCAGCAACCAAUGCCACACCCAAAUCAGGCCAGUAUGAUGGGGAACCCACUAAUGGCCCAACAACAAGCAAACACUCAACAGGGAAUGCUCGCCAACCAAGCAAACACUCAACAGGGAAUGCAGCCCAAUCAGCAGACCAUGGUGCAGGUUCCACAAGGAAUGGUUGGAGGCCAGUCUGUGGCUCCGCUGCCCCAGAACCUUGCAGGAGGCCAGCCUAUUAACCAUGCUCAAGCCAUGAUGGCAGCUCAAACUGGAAUCAUGGGCAACCAGCCAGUUCCACCACCACAGCGGCCUCAGCUGAUGAUGGGUCAGCAGGGUAUGGUUGGAUCUCCAGGUCACCCUGGCCUUAGGGGUCCCCAGGUCCAAUUGACUCCCCAACAACAGAACAUUCUGGCCCAACGCAUGCUUGCAUCUCAGCAGCAGCAGCAGAAUGUUGCAAAGAAUUUGGCUCACCUUCAGCAGCAGCAGCAGCAGCAGAUGGUACAGCAAAGACAGCCUACACAGAUGAUCAGUCAAUCCAGCCAAGAGCAAGGAGGGCUCUCUCAACCCUCUACCCCACAGAUGGGCUCCUCCCCUUCAGCAGGAAGUAUCACGCCCCAGCCACAGGGAGCUACAGACAGCCAAAACUCAGGCCCCAAAGAGGGUGGGAUCCUCAGCCCUGUUUCGAGAACGCCACCACAGCAGAGUGGACCCUCCACUCCUAAUCAGAUGACCCAACUAGGCUCUGGAAAUGAUCAUCAAACUGACUUGGGGAGGCAGCAAUUACAGCAGCAGCAGCAGCAGCAGCAUCAAAACCAGGUUUAUAUGCAGCAGCAGCAACAGUCAAAUCCUCAGUCUGUAUCUGAGCAACAGACAGGUAUGAUUGGAAACCAACAGUCUGGUGUGCUUCAGCAACAGCAGCAACAAAUUCCACUCACUCUCCAGAGGCAAAUUUCCCUCGGUGCUGACAAGCCAGGUCUGAUGACUAUUAAAGAGGAAGGAAAACCAAUUGAUUUCUUGGCUCAACAGCAACAACAGCAAACAGUUCAAAAUGCCAUGCAGCAGUCACAAGAUCCCAGCAUCCAGCAGCAAAUCAUAGGCCAGAACCAUCCCGGCCAACCACAGCCUGUUGUGAUGGGACAUAGUCCACAACAGCAAGCUCUCAUGGCCCAGCAGCAAAAACAGGCCAUGAUGGGCAUGAUGAGGGUCCAGCAGCAAGGGAUGAUGGCACAAAGGCCUGCACUUCCACAAGGACAGAUCCGCACCCCUAUCAACAUCCAGGCUAUUAUUGCUCAGAAUCCUCAGCUGCGCAAUCUCCCCCCAAACCAGCAGAUACAGCACAUCCAGGCCAUGAUUGCCCAGAGGCAGCUCCAACAGGGACAGAUGCUGCGGAUGUCAAUGAGUCAAGGCCAGCAAGGUCAGUUAAGAUCUCACAUGCCACCAGGACAGGUGCCACAGGUUGGGCAGCAGAUGCCAGGAAUGGAAGGCCAACAGAUGCCAUAUGGAGCCAUGGGGAAGCCAGGAGCAGUGGGCACUCAGCAACAGUCAGGCAUGUUGGGCCACCAACCUGGUGUUGCUCCUCAGAUACAGCAGGGGAUGAUGGUCCCUGGGCAGCAACAGCCACCACCAGGGGAGAUGAUGCAACAUAUUAUGAGAGGACAGGUACCAGUGCCACCUUCCCCUAUGGACCAUGGCCGUAUGGUAAGACCAACAUCUCCACGUCAGCCAUUACCCAACUCUCCUGGUGAUGCACAACGGCACACAUUUAAUCAAGCAAUGGGGAUGCGUCCACCCACUCCCAACCAGAACCAACAAGCACUAAUGGUGGCUGCAGCAGGCCGCAUGCAGGGCUCUCCAUCCCAUGCGUAUUCUCCAAGAGGCCCCUUUGGCAUGAGCCCAGCCCACCCGGCCUCACCCCAUUCAUCCCAUGUCUCCUCACCUUCUAUAGCUGACAGGGCUGGAAGGGGGAGUCCGUACAGCCAAGUCAGGGCAUCUCCACUCAGGUCACCUGGAGCCAGGAGUCCACUUGAUUGUCCAGGACUGAAAAUAGAAACUCAGACAUCAGGCAAUGAAACAUGUCAGACAGCCUCAGUCACCCCCAAUGGUCCACAGAAAGGCAUGAAUGUUCAACAACAGUCGCAGCAGGUCACAGAGAGCCAUGCUCCUCACACACAACAUAGCUCUAGAGUAGGGGAGCUAUGUAAGAUAACCCUACAGAACAUUAAACAGGAACCAAGAGAGGUUCAGUGUGAUGGUGCAACAGAGCCUCAUCCUGGUGCUGUGAAGCGAGAAGCAACGGGAGAGAUGGUUACUUCCGGGAACAACACUAGCUUUAUUAAUGCUGGAAGCGUGGCUGGAGACCCUGGGACUCAAGGCCCUAGAUCUGAGACUGGACAGCAACUAUUACAGAAACUCCUGAGGACCAAGAACCUUCAACUUGGUGCUCAGAGACCUUCUGAAGGUAUCCACAAUGAAAUCAAUGGCCACAUCAACACCAAACUAGCUAUGUUGGAGCAAAAACUUCAAGGGACUCCACGAAAUAUGGAGGAUUUACAGUCUAUAACAAAAAGGGCUCCUGUACAAAAGCCAAAACGCACUAAUAAGGCAACUGGGGACCGAGGGCCUAAUGCACGGAAGAAGAACAAGAAGGAAGAAGUUGGAAAAAGUGCCGAAGCCCUGAUAAAGCAACUCAAACAGGGUCUCUCUCUGCUGCCCCUCAUGGAGCCUUCAAUCACUGCCAGUCUAGAUCUGUUUGCCCCUUUUGGAAGCAGUCCAGCCAAUGGCAAAGCCCAGCUCAAAGGAUCCUUUGGAAAUGCGGUGCUGGACAAUAUCCCAGACUACUAUUCUCAGCUACUCACUAAGAGUAACCUCAGCAACCCACCAACACCCCCAUCCUCCCUGCCACCUACUCCUCCGCCUUCAGUACAGCACAAGCUGCUGAAUGGAGUGACUCCUGGGGAGGAGCUGUCUGAGGGUCAAAAAGACACAGAGCCAGCAGAAGAGCCAAUGGAUUCUGUUACAGAAGUGAAGAGUGUAGACAUUCUAGCAGCUCUCCCCACCCCGCCACAUAACCAGAAUGAGGACAUCAGGAUGGAGAGUGAUGACGAGGAUGCUCCAGAAAGCAUCAUCCCGGCAUCAUCCCCCGAGAGUAACGUAGGAGAUGAAACACCACGUUUCCCUCAUCUACGGGAGCCUAAAGAGGAGGAGACUGAGAGAGCAAUAUCGCCCAUCAUCCCUCUCAUACCUCGCACUGCCAUCCCAGAUAUUAUACAACAUUCAAAAUCAUUCCCAGAAAACAAACCAUUUGAAGCAGCCGAUAACAAGGUAGUUUCCACAUCCAACCAUUGGGACAAAGCCAAAAGCAACGAAGUGUCCGUUACCUUCACAUUGUCUUCUGCCGAGAAACUGAACCAUGUCAGGAUGGCUAUGGCCCAGCUGCUUAAUAUUAGGAUGCCAGGUGCUUAUCAGGUGACUUUCCCUCCCCAAAACCCUGACAUGCCUGGAGUUGAUGGGCCUGGGAAAGGACCCGGCCAGUCAGGGGCUCUGUGUACAAAGGACAGUGCUUCACCCAGCCAGGAUGAGUGGCUAAGACAAUUUGAUGUGUCUCUACCAGGCUGUACAUUGAAGAAACAAGUGGACAUUCUGGCACUUAUUAAACAGGAAUUCCCAGAAAAAGAGGACAAACCGGUCCAGCACUGUUACACAACCAAUGUAAAUGACUUGGAUGUGCGCCAUCUUCCUAGUAUACCGGUGGAGGAAUCUCCACCCCCAUCGCCGUCCCCUCCACAACCUCCCCCAUCUGGCCCAGUUACAACUUGUGAAGCUGAACCUUUGAAAAAAUCAGCUCCUCCAUCCCCGUCUCCCUCCAGUCCCAUCAAUGUCCAGAUCAAGAUAGAGCCUGAACAGGAUGUUGGUCCUCCUAUUGAUGCUGCUCAACCAACUGAUGUCCAGGAGUCUGAAGUUGCUGCUCCAGAUCCCGUCACAGAUCCCGUCACAGAUCCCGUCAAAGAUCCCGUCAAAGAUCCCGUCACAGAUCCCGUCACAGAUCCCGUCAAAGAUUCGAUCACAGAUCCCGUCACAGAUCCAGUCACAGAUCCAGCAACUGCCACUGCAGUUCCAGCUCCUACUGCUCCUACUGAAGACCAUCUGAGUCCUGUUACCAAGGAGGAGGACUUGACUAAUGAUCCAGCUCAACCUCCACAAGAUUCUCCCACCAACAUGGAGUCUUCUCCAAAGGCUGUCAAGCAGCGCAGGCCCCUCUCCCCUGAUGAGGAGGUGGAACAUCCCAAAGUGAAAAAAUGGAAAGGGAUUCGCUGGAAGCGUCUUCAGAUUGUGAUCUCAAUACGUAAGGGUGGUUCUAAGAAGGAGAGCAGCCGUGAGGUGUCUGAACUAAUGGAACGCCUGCGCAUUACUCUUCGACCAGACCGGCUGCCUCGGGAUAAACGUAAAUGCUGCUUCUGCCAUGAGGAAGGUGACGGAGCCACCGAUGGGCCUGCCAGGUUGCUUAACAUUGAUGUGGACCUGUGGGUGCACCUUAACUGUGCCCUGUGGUCCACAGAGGUUUAUGAGACUCAGGGGGGCGCCCUGAUCAAUGUGGAGGUAGCUCUGCGUCGCGGAUUGCGGACUCUUUGCGCGUACUGCCAGAAAACGGGUGCCACCAACAGCUGCAACAGAAUGCGCUGCCCGAAUGUCUACCACUUUGCCUGUGCCAUCCGGGCACGCUGCAUGUUCUUCAAGGACAAGACCAUGUUGUGCACCCAGCAUAAGCUGAAGGGCCCCAGUGAAGAUGAGCUCAGCGCGUUUGCUGUUUUACGGCGCGUCUACAUUGAGCGUGAUGAGGUCAAGCAGAUUGCCAGCAUCUUACAGCGAGGUGACCGUAUCCAUCUGUUCCGUGUCGGUGGUCUCAUCUUUCAUGCUGUUGGCCAGUUGCUACCCUCCCAGAUGGCAAACUUCCACUCACCCACUGCCAUUUUCCCCGUUGGCUAUGAGGCCACACGCAUCUACUGGAGCACGCGUCUGCCCAACAAGCGCUGUCGCUACCGCUGCCGCAUCAGUGAGGAUGAUGGUCGCCCCCUGUUUGAGGUGCGUGUCCUGGAGCAUGGGAUGGAGGAUUUGCAGUAUCGUGACACUACUCCACAGGGGAUCUGGGAACGGGUGGUUCAGCAGGUGGCUAAACUCCGAGAUGAGUCAUCCAUGUUGAAGCUUUUCACAGAACAUGUCAAGGGAGAGGAGAUGUAUGGCCUCACAAUUCAUGCUGUCAUGCGUAUCACUGAGUCGUUGCCUGGAGUGGAGAACUGCCAGAACUACCAGUUCCGAUAUGGCCGUCACCCUCUGAUGGAGCUCCCGCUUAUGAUCAAUCCCACUGGCUGUGCUCGCUCUGAGCCAAAGGUCCCCACACAGUGCAAGAGGCCUCACACUCUAAAUAGCACCAGCGUGUCAAAGGCCUACCAGAGUACCUUCACUGGAGAGCUCAACACACCAUACAGCAAGCAGUUUGUCCACUCCAAGUCGUCCCAGUAUCGGCGCCUGAAGACUGAGUGGAAGAACAACGUGUAUCUGGCACGAUCCCGCAUUCAGGGCCUGGGUCUGUACGCCGCUAAGGAUCUGGAGAAGCACACCAUGGUCAUUGAGUACAUCGGUACGGUCAUACGCAACGAGGUGGCCAAUCGGCGUGAGAAGAUCUACGAGUUGCAGAACCGUGGGAUUUACAUGUUCCGCAUCAACAAUGAGCAGGUGAUUGAUGCCACUCUGACAGGUGGCCCCGCUCGCUACGUCAACCAUUCCUGUGCUCCCAACUGUGUGGCAGAGGUUGUGACGUUUGACAAAGAAGACAAGAUUAUCAUCAUUUCCAGCCGUAGGAUCCCCAAGGGAGAAGAGCUGACCUACGACUACCAGUUCGAUUUCGAGGACGAUCAGCACAAGAUCCCUUGCCAUUGUGGAGCCUGGAAUUGCCGAAAGUGGAUGAACUAACCGGAAGAAAGAAAAAUGGAGAAUUCCCCUCUCACUGGUGCCAGAACACUCCUGCGCCAAAGCCUUUGAAUCCUACAUAGCCAGUGCAUAAGCUGUUCUGAAAGAUGUGGAGGAAGGCAGGCCUCCGUCAUUGAAAGACUAAAGCGUUGACACCUGUAGCCAAAGGUUUGAAGAGCAUUAAUCAAUAAAAGCAACCGACCACCUCCGUCUACAGCAGCUUGAUGGUGGGACUAACUUUCAUGUUUGGACUAGUGAAUCACCCUUUCCUCAGCCAAAACCCUUUCCCCCCUCGACUGUUCUCAAUAAGCUUACAGUGGCUGGAAAACAAUCCUCAACAUCUACCAAAUGAUUCUGACCCUCUGAUAUCAAUACUCGUAGUGCAGAGCUCACCUGGAGCUUCGACAAAAAGCCAUUUUAAAAUACUAAGAAUGAACUAACGAUGAUGCAUUUUUAUGUUCUAAGACGGACCUAUUUCCUGUCCUACCUGACCACACCUCCCCCCUCACCUCCCAGAAAAGGCACUUUCCCAUCAAGUCAUCAAUGAAGACAACACGGAUAUUUGGCUAGCUAGACAAUCUUGAUGUGGCUCUGUGUAAGAACUACAUAUGAUCGAUGGAAAAAAAGAAAAUAUGUAAGUUAAUAUAAAAUUUGAGAUGCUAUUGAUCUGUGGCUCCAGAGGCACCAGAUGUUGUGACUGUGUGGAGUCCCAAGGUGGGUUAGUUGGACCCAGUCUACCUCAUUGAUUUAGCGGGAAGUGACUGCUUUGUAUAAAAACUGUUAACUGCUACUGUGGAACGGGGGGGAAAGGGGGAAUGUUUUUAUGGGCUUAGCCUUCUCGGACAAGCAGGGAAUCUUAAGCAGCAGGUUUGCUCUAUCUACUCUAUGCUGAUGAUGAUUUACAAUAAUGAGCCAACAUAAUUAUUAUUCAUGAAUUGUUUAUACAGAGGAAAUAUAUGACAGUUUUGAUAAGAUUAUUGCAUUAAAAUCACAAUCAGAAGCUUAGCGGGUGUCCUGUAUGCCACCAAAUCAUCCUGGAUAUUGAUGUAGCUUUUUUCUUUUUUGUUCUCUUUAUUUAUGUGUCUCAAAACCAUGUUAUUAGCUGUGUGAAAGCACAAUAACAUCCACCUUUUUAAGUUGCUUAAAGACCAUGAUGGUGUGAGUGAAUGGCUCUAGGAUCACAAGGACACUUAGUCUUUAAAGAAGACUGCGGAGUCCUAAAUUAACCAAGUACACAUUUGCUUGUUGCUUCAUAUUUUGAAGUUCCACUUGUUGAAAACCAGCCGGUGGAUGCAUGACUACUGUCCCAUGAAAUGCUUUUUAUUCCCCCGAACAACCCGAUCUUUUCACAACUUAACCUUAAACUUUGAAUCAUGCCUCUUCCUCUCUGUAUUAUUUAGUGGACUGUUGUUAAACUUUACUGUAGUAAGUCUUCCUCUGCCUGAGUACAGCCUGCAGUGUUUCUACUUCCCCUGUAGUGUGCUUUUCUAGUGCUGGUACUGUCCUCUCGAGGCUGAACUGAUGGCAGGGAAAGACUUAUUGGAAAAAAGGGCAUUUGUUUUCAUUUCUAUGUAAGAUGAAUGAAAAAGUCUUUAAAGGGAGCUUUACUAAAACUCCACCUUCCCAUACUACUUUGUUUCCUCCUUCCCCUAACCUAAGACCUCACAUGAUUUUAAAAAUGCAAAGUUGUACAAACUGUAUAUAUAGUAUAUGCAUUAGGGGACAGCAACUCUUUAUCCAGCCCCUUUGUAAUCAAUAAAGUGAAAAGUGUAGAGAAAUAAAAUUGAAAAAAAAAACCAACCACUGGAUAUCAUUUUAACAAAGAUAAAGCUGUAUAUAAAUAUAAAUAUAUGUAAAAUGGCAAACUAAUAUCUUUAUGUAUAUGAACCAGAGUGUUUUGCAUUGACCUGUUUUUCUAUUAGUGUUUUUGCUAUAAGCUCUCAGAGACAAGUUUGUUAAAAAUAGGUAUGAGAAAAUGUCUGGUCUUCUCCAAUCAAUUGCGACGAGAAGCCAAUGUGAUUAUGAAACUGUUUGGAUUCAUGUGGAGGGUCGUUAAUUAGACAUGAAAAUCACUUCUUGCGUAAAGCAGUACAAUGGUGCAUAGCAUUUGUAUUUAUGUAAUAUUGUUCGUGUUUAUUUUUCUUUUUAUUUAUGCUACUGCUUGUUGAUUACCAAAACCUGUCCCUUAAUCGGUCACAAUUGGAUUAAUAUACUCUUGAAUGGAAAAUCUUGAAUUCCCUAGAAUAUUGUUAGUGUUUUUGCUUUUUAUAUCUUCCCUAUAGAAGUGAAUGUGUUGGUAAACCUUGUGAAAUGGUUACUUGGCCUAAUGUAUGUUAUGAUGUAAUACUCAAAGUUAAUCCCAUACUUAACCUGGUAAUGAAUUGCACUCUCAUAGUAUAAUGGAGAACUUCUCUAAAGUGGUAGAUAUUGAUCAAGUAUCCGGAGCAGUGAUAUAUAUAUUUUUUGGUAUGUUUCUAUUUCAAGGGAAGACCAUGACGAGACAUUAUGCCGCUCACUGGAUUUUAGCCUGAAUAAUUUUUAACUUCUCUGAAUCUUAAUUUAAGUUCUCUGCAUAUCUUAUAAUUUAAUAAAGUUUGCUCAAAUUGAAGGUUUUUUUUAACCUCACCUACUUUUUAAAAAGAAGUUGCAUCUGUACAGCAGAGAUACUUUUAGGGAAUAUGAAUAAAUAUAAUGAUCAUUUUUAUUGUAUGUGGCAUGUUUUGUAUGGAUAUUAUUUUGAAUUGUACAUAUUUUUUUCAGGACGCCAGAGGUUGCAUCUCUUUAUAUACAGCUUUCCCACUCCCUUUCCCCUUCAUCUUAUUUCUUUGUCUGCUUUUGUUUCUUGUAAAGGAAAAUAAAAUGCAUUUUAAAUAUGU